GCCCGCCCGGGGCCGCAGACGGCCAGCAGCGCAGCCUAGCCGAGCCUCGCGGGGCCGCUCCAGCCCGAGGACCCCCGGGCCUGCGACCCCCGCGGCCCGCACCCCCCUCCUAGGACACUCAGGAGGACGCGCCGCGCUCCCCGCUGCUGCUGCGCGCGCAGCAUUUUUCAGUUGCACCAUUCAAGGAAGUCCCUGUACUCAUUCCAAGACCUGGAGGAUUGCCCCACCCUGCUGAUCCCCAAGCCCAGGGCAGCGGCCGCAAGCAGCACCACACCCUCUCCACCAGCCGCAUGCGCAGUGGGCACCAGACAGAGCCUGUUCUCUGCGUAGCUACGUCCAAGAACGGUGGCACUCUCAACACCCUUGUCUUCCAAACGGUUCCAGGGCUCUAGAGGUCACGGCACAAUGCUUUGGGUCCUGGUGGGGGCUCUCCUCCCUGUCAUGUUGCUGGCCGCCCCGCCACCCAUCAACAAGCUGGCCCUGUUUCCGGAUAAGAGUGCCUGGUGUGAGGCCAAGAACAUCACGCAGAUUGUGGGCCACAGCGGCUGUGAGGCCAAGUCCAUACAGAACAGGGCGUGCCUAGGACAAUGCUUCAGUUACAGCGUCCCCAACACCUUCCCGCAGUCCACAGAGUCCUUGGUGCACUGUGACUCCUGCAUGCCGGCCCAGUCCAUGUGGGAGAUUGUGACCUUGGAGUGCCCGGGCCAUGAGGAGGUGCCCAGAGUGGAUAAGCUGGUAGAGAAGAUAGUUCACUGCAGCUGUCAGGCCUGUGGCAAGGAGCCCAGUCACGAGGGCCUGAAUGUCUAUGUGCCGGGUGAAGACGGGCCGGGCUCCCAGCCUGGAGCCCACCCCCACCCCCACCCUCACCCCCACUCCCACCCUGGUGGCCAGACCCCUGAACCUGAAGAACCUCCUGGAGCCCCUCAGGUUGAGGAAGAGCGGGCCGAGGACUGAGGGGCCCCCAGCUCUUCCUCCCCUCUUGGCCCCUGUGGAAUGUCAGGUCCCGCCCUCCAGGGAAAAGGGAGGGGAGAGGCGGAAGCCCCACCCCUCCACCCCUUUGGCACUGGAUGGACUUGGAAUGCUGCCCAGUUGCCAUGGAGAUCUGAAGGGAGGGGCUGGAGCCAAGCUGCACAAUUUAAUAUAUGCAAGGUGGGGGGGGGGGAGGGAGUGCGGCAGGAGGAAGCAGAUCUCCUCAGGACUUUGCUUUUGGAAGGUGAAGUGUGGCCUUUCCUUUCUGCCUUCUAGAGAUGAGCCCUUGGCAUGGAGAGGAAGUGGCCUGACACCCUCAAAUAGGGCAGGCCCAGGGCAGGACCCAUACAACUUGAUGGGGCAAGAUCCUUAGGGAUGGGCAGGGGGUGUGGGUGGGAUACCGUGACUGCAUCCUUUUCGCAGGAUGGUCUGGGCUAGGAAGAAGCUCCAGUCUUGAAGGUUUCCCUGAAGGCUGCCCUUGCUCCCCACCUCCAGAGAAGCAACUCCUUCAAUGGAGUGGCUUAGGAGUCAGACUGGGGCAGGACCCUGCUGGCUAUCACUGAAGAAGAAAGAACACCCCUCCCUCCCUCCCUCCCUCCCGCCUCUCCCACUGGAGGUCUUAGCUCUCUGCUCCCCUCAUGUUCUGGACCCUUCGGGAAGCAGCUGCAGCCAGUCCCACUGUCUUUCUGAAGGAGGUGAUGGUUUAUUUCCAUCACCUGGGACCAUAGUGGACAGGAGGCCCCGUGUAGGGCCCCUGCUGACCUCAGCUUUCUCUAGCUCCCCGUUCUACCGCCUCCUUCCCAGCUGCACUUUAACCCUGGGGCGGGGCAAGUGGUGAGGAAGGGCCCUCUGUCCCCUGAUACGUUGCGUCCAGGGGGCUGCCAGCUCACCCCCUGCCCAGAGGCGCCCCAGCCUGUGGCUGUCCGACAAGAGCCUUAGAGCUUGUAACCAGUAGCCCUCUCCCUGGAACCCGAGUGUUUUCAUGAAUAAAUGCCUUCAAUGCCUA